AUUAAGUCACAUCACAAGUUUUCGUUCAGUUUCUGAUGAAAUAAAAGAUAUAAUCUUCAAGCUUUAUGAUAUUGGAUAUAGUUCUAAUAGUGCAUAUCAUACUUAUUGGGAACAAAUGCAAUUAAAGUAUGCAAAUGAUGAAGAAAUAAUUAACAUGUUUAGUCAGUUAGAAGAGAAGAUUAAAAAAUUUAAUAUUAAUGGAAAAGGAGACUAUUACCAUGAGUUACAAGAAGCAGAAAAGUUGGUAUAUAUGGAUACAACAGCUAAACUUGACAUUCUUAAUACCCUUCUGACAAUUCUUUCUACUAGUACACCUGCUAGUGGUCUACCACUUGCUGCUAUUCUUACAUAUGAUGAAACAGUAGCUACUUUCACAAAGGCAUUAGAUGUAGUAAAAAAGAUAGUUCCAUCAGUAGUAUUUAGUAGACAGAGAUCUAUUAUUGGACCACAGGUAGUUAUGACGGAUGAUUAUAGAGCAGAAAAAUUAGCAUUGCAUAAUACCUGGCCAAAUGCAACUUUGCUUCUUUGUAUUCAAGCAUAUAAUGUAAUUCAAAUUUUUCAGUUCUUUAUAAAUACUAUGGAUCUUUAUUAUGUUCACAGAUUGUUGGUGGUGGCUUAUAACAAAUUAGAUAAUUUUAUUACUCUUCACUUUGAACUUUCUGAGUGGUUAAUUAGAAUGAAAGAUAAUAUAGAAGUUGUAGAUCUAGAUUCACAGGCUUCUAUAGCUAAACAUUAUAAAGUAUGUAGAUUAAAUCAAAUACCUAUAACAUCUGUAGAAAAAAGAUAUGACUACACUUACUUAACACUAGAUGAAAAGGAUAUAAAAGAUACUUAUGUUCGUCCAGCUGUCACUUCUUUUCUUCAUACCUGUAAUAGAGAUUCAGGUCGAAUUAAUGAUUUAAUUAGUAGUCACAAGGAAGUAUAUCAAGAGGAACAAAAAGAAAAUUCGCAAGUUAAUAAUAUCAAAAUGCAAGAAGUUGAUUAUUCUCUUAUGUCAGCACAGAAAAAACAUCAAAAAAAAUAUCUACAUAACUUAAACCAAGCUAUUUUAAAGAAUAUACCUAAUGGCACAAAUUAG